GAAGCAGGUCUGCACACACCUUGGCUGUGACGAUGAAUUCAUCCACAAGUUCCAAGACCAAUACAAGGACGACGUCUACCAGAGCUGCUUCCAUACCCUCAAGACAUGGCGCGACACCUUCGACGAUAUCAGCUACGAUGACAAGGUGAACAAGCUGUGCCAGACUCUGCGCACCUGUGGACAUGAUGAUUGCGCCGACACUGUGCUGCACAAGUAUGACACAGAAAACUGCUUUGCCCUGUGUGACCACCAGAUCAACAGCUACAGCCAUAAGUUGGCCGAUGAUUGGGUGCACUUCUGCAAGUCUUUGAACUGUGACGAUGACUUCAUCAGCAAGAUCGAUCAAGAGUGUGGCGGAGACAACUACGUGUGCAUCAGCACUGCCCUCAAGCACUGGCGUAACACAAUGGACUGUAGCUAUGCCGACAAGGUUGACCUCUUCUGCCACGCUUGUGAUGCCUGUGGAUUCGACGACGUUGCAGAGGACUGCAAGACCAACUUCCGCCAUGAGUCGUAUGGAUUGGGCUUGUGUGACGACACACUACGCCUUAUCUCCAGCAAGAUCAGUGACUGGAAGUUGGUGUGUACAACACUUGGCUGUGACUCUUCCUUCAUUCACAAGUUCCAGGAUCAAUACCAUGACGACACCUACCUCUCCUGCUUCCAUGCCCUCAAGACCUGGCGCGACACCUUCGACGCAAGCUAUGAUGACAAGGUCAACAUCUUGUGCCAGACCCUGCGUAACUGUGGUUACACGGAUUGCGCUGGAAUCGUCGAUGACAAGCACCGCACUGAGUGCAGCGUCGUUCUGUGUGACAGUCAGAUCGACAUCUACAGCAAGAAGUUGAGCGAUGACUGGAAGAACUUCUGCACAUAUCUUGGUUGUGAUGACGACUUUAUCAGCAAGAUCGAUGAGCAAUGUGGCCAUGACAACUAUCUGUGCAUCAGCACUGCACUCAAGCACUGGCGUGACACGGUCGACUGCAGCUAUGUGGAGAAGAUUGAUCUCUUCUGCCAUGCCUGCGAGAGCUGUGGCUUCCACGAUAUCGCUGAGGACUGCAGAGACAACUUCCGUCAUGAGGUCUAUGCUACAUCUUCGUCAACAACAGGUAGUGUCAUCUCUACUGGUGGUUCUUCUGUUGUCUCGACACAGUCGGUUACUGGCACCGGAUCAACUGUAACAGGCCUGGCACUAUGUGACGACACCUUCCACAUCAUUUGCGACAAGAUUUCCAGCGACUGGAGAGCUGUGUGUAUCGCCCUGGGUUGCGGCUCGGACAUGAUCACGAAGAUCACAACUGAAUGUGGGUCAGACGACUCUGUGUGCAGCAGCACCAUGUUGAAGCAAUGGCGCGACUCGUGGCAUGAGGACUACUCCGACAAGGUCGACACUCUCUGCACUGCCCUGCGUACAUGCGGAUACACCGACUGUGCCACUUUGGUCUACGAGAAAUACCGUACAGAAAACAGUGUGGCUCUUUCUGAUGCCCAAAUUGACAUCUACUGCAAGACCCUGAGUCAAGAUUGGAAGGAAUUCUGCCAUGCCCUCGACUGCAGUGACGACUUCAUCACUAAGAUAGAGGACGAGUGUGGCCACGACGACUACUUGUGUUGUGAAACAGCUAUCAAGACGUGGCGCGACACUGUGGACUGCAGCUACGCCGACAAGAUCGAUAACUUCUGCACUGCAUGUCAUACCUGUGGCUUCGACGACCUAGCUGUGGACUGCAGAGAUCAUUACCGCAGCGAAGUCUUUGUCACUGGUGGUUUCAGCGAGUUGAGCACCGGAGGAACAUCUGGUCACUAUAUCGGUGGAGGCAUUGUGUUAACAGAGUUGGCGCUGUGUGACGACACACUUCGUAUCAUCUGUCACAAGAUUGAUGACUGGAAGCAGGUCUGCACACAUCUUGGCUGUGAUGACGCUUUUGUCCAUAAGAUCCAAGACAAAUACCAAGACGACGACUACCUCUGCUGCUUCAAUGCCCUCAAGACCUGGCGUGAUACAUAUGAUAUGAGCUACGAUGACAAGUUCUACACAUUGUGGACGACACUGCGUACCUGUCACUAUGACGACUGUGCCGACACCGUGUAUUACAAGUAUCGCACCGAGCACAGCUUUGCUCUGUGUGACAGCCAGAUCGAUGUGUACAGCCAUAAGUUGAGCGACGACUGGAAGAACUUCUGCAGUGCUCUUAACUGCGGUGACGACUUCAUCAGCAAGAUUGAUCAGGAGUGUGGCGGAGACAACUACCUGUGCAUCAGCACUGCUCUCAAGCACUGGCGUGACACCGUGGACUGCAGCUACGACGACAAGAUUGACAUCUUCUGCCAUGCAUGUGAUAACCGCGGUUACCACGACAUAGCAGUUGACUGCAGGUCCAACUCUCACCACGAGACUUACGGCUUGGCUCUGUGUGAUGACACCCUCCGUAUCAUCUGUCACAAGAUUGAUGACUGGAAGACGGUCUGCACACAUCUUGGCUGCGACGACGAAUUCAUCCACAAGUUCGAAGACCAAUACAAGGACGACACCUACCAGAGCUGCUUCCAUGCCCUGCAGACAUGGCGUGACACCUUUGACACCAGUUAUGACGACAAGGUUAACAAGCUGCACAUGACACUGCGUACCUGUGGCUACACAGAUUGCGCCGACACCUUGUAUAACAAGUAUCGCACUGAGCAUGGAUUUGCCCUGUGUGACCACCAGAUCAACCACUACGGCCACAAGAUGGCACAUGACUGGAAAUACUUCAGUCGUGCCUUGGGCUGUGACGAUGACUUCAUCAGCAAGAUCGAGCUGGAGUGUGACGGAGACGACUUCCUCUGCAUCAGCACUGCCCUGAAGCAAUGGCGUAAUACAGUGGACUGCAGCUAUGACGACAUGAUUAACACCUUCUGCCAUGCUUGUGACAACCGUGGCUUCCAUGAUAUUGCGGUGGAUUGCAAGGAUAACUUCCGCCACGAGUCAUAUGGCAUUGCUUUGUGUGAUGACACACUUCGCGUCAUCUGCCACAAGAUCGAUGACUGGAAGACGGUCUGCACACACCUUGGCUGUGACGACGAAUUCAUCAACAAGUUCCAAGACCAAUACGAAGACGACACAUAUUUGUGCAGCUUCCACUCUCUCAAGACAUGGCGCGACACCUUCGAUACCAGCUACGAUGACAAGGUGAACAAGCUGUGCCAGACUCUGCGCACCUGUGGACAUGACGAUUGCGCCGACACUGUGUCUAACAAGUACCGCACCGAACACGGAUUCGCCCUGUGUGACAGCCAGAUUGAUGUCUACAGCCAUAAGCUGAGUGAUGACUGGCAGUACUUCUGCAUUGCCCUCGGCUGCGACACAGACUUUAUCUACAAGAUCGAUGAAAAGUGUGGUGGAGACAACUACCUGUGCAUCAGCACUGCUCUGAGAGAAUGGCGUGAUACCGUGGACUGUAGCUAUGACGACAAGAUCGACCUCUUCUGUCAUGCUUGCGACAUGCGCGGAUUCCACGAUGUCGCAAUGGACUGUGAGACGAACUUCCGUCAUGAGUCGUUUGGUGUGGCCCUGUGCGACGACACACUCCGCGUCAUCUGUGACAAGAUUGAUGACUGGAAGACGGUCUGCACACACCUGGGUUGUGACGACGAAUUCAUCAACAAGUUCCAAGACCAAUACAAGGACGACACCUACAUGUCCUGCUUCCAUGCCAUCAAGACAUGGCGCGACACCUUCGACGACAGCUAUGACAACAAGGUUGAUACCUUCUGCCAUGCGCUCCGCAUCUGCGACUACUCGGACUUCGCCGAUACCGUGUACAACAAGUAUCGCACCGAGCAUGGCUUUGCCCUGUGUGACCACCAGAUCAAUGAGUACAGCCAUAAGUUGAGCGAUGAUUGGAAGCACUUCUGUGAAUCGCUGGGAUGUGACGAUGACUUCAUCAACAAGAUCGAUGAGGAAUGUGACCAUGACAACUACCUGUGCAUCAGCACUGCCCUGAAGCAAUGGCGUAACACAGUGGACUGCAGCUACGACGACAAGAUUGACCUCUUCUGUCAUGCUUGCUCCAGCUGCGGUUUCCACGACAUCGCUGUGGACUGCAGGGAUAACUUCCGCCUUGAGAGUUGUGGUUUGUCUCUGAGUGACGACACGCUCCGCACCAUCUGCAGCAUGAUUUCAGACUGGAAGCUUGUCUGUACAACACUUGGAUGUGACGACGAAUUCAUACACAGAUUCGAAGAGCAGUACCAUGACGAUACAUACCUCAGUUGCUACAAUGCUCUGAAGACCUGGCGUGAUACAUAUGACGCCAGCUAUGACGACAAGGUUGACAUCUUGUGCCAGAUACUUACUAUCUGUGGUCACACUGACUGCGCUGGAAUCAUCUACGAUAAGCAUCGCACUGAGACCAGUAUCGUGUUCUGCGACAACCAGAUCGACAUUUACAGCAAGAAGCUGAGCGAUGACUGGAAGAACUUCUGCACACAUCUGGGUUGUGAUGACGACUUCAUCAGCAAGAUCGAGCAGGAAUGUGGCCAUGACGACUACAUGUGCAUCAGCACUGCCCUGAAGCUUUGGCGUGACACUGUGGACUGCAGCUAUGUGGAGAAGAUCGACCGCUUCUGCGAUGCCUGCGACAGCUGUGGCUUCUACGACAUUGCAGUGGACUGCAGAGACAACUUCCGUCAUGAGGUCCACGUAACGACCAUGCGCUACGAGACUUCGUCUGGAUACAAGUCUAGUUCCGUCGUUGUUACAGGACUUGCCCUCUGUGAUGAAACCAUUGAUAUUGUGUGCAAGACUGUCAGUGACAGCUGGAAGAACAUUUGCUCAGUGCUGGGCUGCGACGAUCAGUUCAUAACUAAGAUCGAAGAGGAAUGCGGAAGCGACUCGUACCACUGCUGCUCUACUGCUCUGAAGACAUGGCGCGACACAGUUGACGAAGACUACGCCACAAAGGUGUCCGACUUCUGCUCUGCCCUUCGUACGUGCGGCUUUACCAAGAUAGCCACCUCGGUGUCUGAGAAGUACCGCACAGAACUCUGUGUGGCCCUGUCUGAUCACCAUGUCGACAUCUACUGCAAGACAAUCAGUGGCGAUUGGAAGACAAUCUGUGAGGUCCUUGGCUGCGAUGAAGAUUUCAUCACCAAGAUUUCAGAACAAUGCGGUUCGGACAACUACCUGUGCUGCAGCACUGCCAUCAAGACAUGGCGUAACACCGUGGACUGCUCCUACAGGGAGAAGGUUGAUCUGUUCUGUAACGCAUGUGACGUCUGCGGAUAUCUGGACGUGUCUAAUGACUGCAGAGGCCUCUACAAGGACGAAGUGUUUGUAACAGCUACCAGCGUGAGCACUGGAUCUACAUCAGUUAUCAGCACUGGAUCAGUUAUCAGCACCGGCUCCACUGAGUUCACAUCAACCAGCGUGGUCACUGGAUCUACAUCAGUUAUCAGCACAGGCUCCACUGAAUUCACAUCAAGCAGCGUGGUCACUGGAUCCACAUCAGUUAUCAGCACAAGCUCCACUGAAUUCAGCACCGGUACAGGUGUGGUGGUCACUGGUACUUCCAGCUCCAAGUCAGGCUGCUGCCCGGGAGUGACUGACGACUCUGCCUGCCCUGUGUGCCCACUUGGCCAGGUCUGCGACGGAACCAAGUGCGUGUCACCCACGGAGUGCCCAUGUAUCCACGAUGGCGCUGUCAAGAAGGCUAAUGCUAUCUGGAGGGAGGACCGUGGAUGUGUCAAGUGCGUCUGUCUGAACGGACUGGUCAACUGUGUGCACGAACACUGCGAUGUCACAAGCUGCCCAAGCGGCUACCGUAUGCACUUCUCUGAAGACUCGUGCUGCCCGACGUGCGAGCCCGACCACUGCAGCCCGGUGGAGAGCGUGUGCCACGUGACUGGUGCCUGCAUCCCGUCCACAUGGUGGUGUGACGGCAACGAGGACUGUCCGAACGGAGAGGAUGAAGAGAAGUGUGGAGUGUUUACAGUCUCUGUGCCAACCAAGCCACCAAAGUCUGGCGAGUGCAAGUACAACCUGAAGUCAUACCCAGUCGGUGCUACCAGGACCACUGGACCCAACUGCUGCGGAACAUGCACUUGCAUGAGUGACUUCAGCUGGGAUUGUGACACAACGGACUGCAAGCAGGCCACGUGCAUGAACAACAAGGACUUCGUGAAGACAUUCGAUGACAAGAGCUACAAUGGAGCCAUCUGCAGCCACGUCCUGGCCAAGGACUGCGCUGGAGAGUCGUUCGAGGUCGAAGUGAACCGCCGUCUUGACGGCACCUGGCUGAAGGUCACGGUUGGAUCUGAUGUCUUCGUGCUGCGCGGCUCCGGUGAGAGCAUCGACUACAACUCGAACGCCGUGGCACCGAGCCAGUUCUCGUCCCUGUCCAACGGUCUGUCUGGAGUUACCGUGUCUGCCCCUGGUAACCAGUACGUGAUCACCGCUGAUAUCGGUCUGACCGUGUACUGGUGCGGCCAGGAGGCUCGCAUUGUUGUGGACCAGAGGAUGCUGGGUAAGACAUGCGGUCUAUGCGGUGUCUACAACGACAAGCCAAAGGAUGACUUCACUUCAAGCAGCAACAUGGUGGUGACAAACGUCGGUACGUUCAUGAACAGCUGGAUCGCGGACACGGCCGCCACUUGUGAGGCACCGAAGACGUGCCUGGCUGACUCCGACCGUGCCAGCAAGGCCGCCAAACUCUGCAAGGACCUCGUGGACAGCUCUGGAGCCUUCUCCUUCUGUCACGGUACUGAACCAGUGGACAGUUACUACCAAAUGUGUCUGGAAGACGUCUGCUCAUGCCUGGAGAAGGGAGAAUCUGGCGAAGAGUGCAGAUGCUGCUCUAUGACGUCAUACGCUACCAGCUGCAUGAAUGCAGGAGUCAGAUUGGACUGGAGAACACCAAAGCGUUGUCCUGGCAAGUGCGAGUACCCGAUGAUCUGGCGUGAGGCCGGUCCUGGCUGCCCGACCACUUGUGAGAACAUGAUGGACGAGGUGACUGAGUGCAGCGUUGCACAGGUGUCUGGCUGCUUCUGCCCAGACAACAUGGUCAUGAAGAACGGAAAGUGCGUCGCUCCAGAGGAGUGCACUAACUGCUUCUGCUAUGGUUUCAACGCUCCUCACUACCACACGUUCGACGGCAAGUUCUUCAACUACCAGUCCAACUGCAGCUACGUGCUGGCCCGCGGCUCCACCAACAUGCACGGCUUCGAGGUGGUGCAGGACCGCCAGGUGUGCAAGAAGUCUGGUGCUAACUGUAAGGAGGCCAUCACUGUGCUGUACGACGGCACCGAGGUUGUGCUGAUGGACAACUUGAAGGUUAUGGUGAACGGUGCCAUGGCUGGUAUCCCGAUCACCGUGGGAGACCUGGUUGUGGAACGUUCCGGCCAGACCCUGGCUGUGCGUGCCGACACCAUCAACCUGCGUGUGGAGUACUCCGUCACUAACCACGGAUUCGCCAUCAACGUGCCAAUCAGCGACUUCUACGACGGAACUGAGGGUCUCUGUGGCCGCUGUAACAACGACUUGAGCGACGACUUCUGCAAGAGCACCGGUGACGUGACUACCGAGGCCAUGCGCUUCGCCUACGACUGGAAGAAGUCUGGUGAGGUCUGCUGGGAGGUCGCCCCGACCCUGCCGCCUGUCGUGCCACCAGAGUGUCCCGAGUGUGACGUCAUCUACGGAGAAGUCUUCGUUGGCUGUCACCAUCUUGUGGACCCGACUCCGUUCCAUGAUGCUUGUCGCUUCGAUGUUGAGACCAUGGACAAGAGCUUCAACAAGGAGUGCGACGCCCUGGCUACCUACGCCCACAUGUGCGCCAUCGCCGGUGUCUGCCUUGACUGGCGCUCCGGAAGCCUGUGCCCGAUGAUGUGCAAGCCUGGCACCAAGUACACCGAGUGCGGACCGGACCAUGAGCGUACCUGUGACAACCAUGAGACAGCAGUGGCUACGAAGGGAUCUACCGCUGGCUGCUUCUGUACUGGUGACGAGGUCUUGUUCAACGGCAAAUGUGUUGCUGUGGAUGAAUGCCCGGUGUGUACCGACAAGAACGGCAAUGGCUACCAGUUGGGUGAGACCUGGAACAACGGACCAUGCACUUCAUGUCAGUGUCUGGCUGAGGGAUCAAUCUACUGCACGCACAAGGAGUGUGUUGAGGUUAAGCUGAACUGCAAUGUUGGCGAGACAUUGGAAGUUACUUCCGAGGACGAAUGCUGCCCACAGAAGAAGUGUGUCUGUCACCCAGAGGACUGUCCGGUUGCUCCGACAUGCGAGCCUGGCUAUGAGACCAAGAAGGUCGACUCUAAGUCCAGCACUUGUUGCGAGAAGUACGAAUGCGUCAAGAUCAAGCGUGAGAACGAGUGCGUCCUGGACAAGGUGUACAGCGUUGGUGAGACCUGGUAUCACAACGAUGACAAGUGCAGCAAGUGCGAGUGUGUGAAGGGUGACGACGGUGCCUACGAGAGCUGCUUCAGCACCUUCUGUAAGCCUGUUGACGACACGUGCCCGCCGGAGUUCCUCAAGUACGACGAGGAUGGCUGCUGCCAGUAUUGUGACAUGCCACGUGUUGCCGGCUGCUCUGUCCAAUCGGAAGUCAAGUACAUGUACAUGCGCAAGCGUCAAUACAAGAACGGCGAGCCAACUGGUGUUGUGAUUGAUUGCCAAUCCUCCACUCAGAUCAACUUGGCCACGUGCGAGGGUGUGUGUCAGUCCAAGUCCAUUUACAGCCUCUACAGCAACAAGUACGAGAAGAGCUGUAACUGUUGUACCGCCAGCGAGACCAAGGACAUCGAGGUCCAAUUUGGCUGCGGAGACGGCUCCACCAUCAAGCGCAAGUUCGCCAUCGCCACCGCCUGUACUUGCGAGGAGACCCAAUGCGAACCUGAAGAGUAAACUCCCGACCCGACCCGACCACUCUAACAAGGACAACGACUACGGAAUCUUUAGUCUAGGUUUCCUUUAUCGGCAGUAGUGUGUAUAGAAACCUAUCCAACUAACCACGGGGCCUACCAUAACGAGAAGGAUAACACACCAGACUGAAUGGCCAACAAUAUUGACGACGACUUCUUAUGAAGUAAAUUAGUAGUAGAUAGGGGACCUCUCAUACCAUCAUAGAGAGGGGGAUGACAGGUGGGGUUGGCGGGAGGGCCGUCGUGGACACAGAAGGUGCUUGUGCGAUGUUGUGAGAUGGACUUUACGGAUUGUUGCUUGUCUGUACCAAAUGUGGUGUCCAGUCGUUACGUUUAAACAUGCGGGAUUCUUGAUAUAACAUCUGUCGUAGCGGCUGACGUCACCAAGGUGCAAUGUAAAAAAACGUCUAUGAAUGUUUGUGUGCUGUGUUUCUAGAGCUAGAACUGUGUGAUUGCCGAUAAGGAAAUGAAGCAUUAAAAUUCACAAAAUGUGA